AUGGCUGGAGAAGGCAAGAAGAGUGUGCUGAUGGUUUGUCUUGGCAACAUUUGCCGCUCGCCGAUCGCCGAAGCCGUCUUUAUCGAUUGUUUGAGGAAGCGAGGAAAGGAGGCAGAAUGGCACGUGGAUAGCAGCGCUAUCAUCGGUUAUCACACCGGGAAAGGACCGGAUUCGCGGGCGAUGGGCGCGCUGAAGAAGUACGGUAUCAAGGAUUAUCAGCAUCGAGCGAGAGUGACCACGCUAGACGACGUCCGCCACUUCGACUACAUCUUCGGAAUGGACGAUUCCAAUAUGUCGGACCUUGAAGACAUCGCGUCGCAGGUGCCCCAGCCGGAGCGUCGUGCUCAAUUGCUCAUGCUAGGAAAACAGGAUCCACGUGGCAAGCCAGAAGUACCCGACCCGUACUACGAGUCAGGCUCCGCCCAGUUUGACGAGGUCCUCAAACAGUCCCCAAAAAUGGCUCAAAAUGCCACUUCCUACGUAAUGUAUGUUAUUCUCCGUCGUGAUCUCCAAACCAAACUUCAAUGGCCCCUCGGAGCAGUGUGUACCCAGGCAGCGCAUGCCGCGUCGGCUGCAAUGUGGAUUUUUAGAAACGACCCAAAUACGGAGGCCUACACUAGCGACUUGGAUCGAAUGCAUAAAGUGACUCUUGGGGUAGACUCCGAGGAAGAGAUCAAAAAAGUCGCUGAAAAACUUUCGGCGCGAAAAGUGGACCAUAAAGUGUGGAUUGAGGACGAUAUGCCGGUGUGCAUCGCGUUGAAGCCCUAUCCAAAGGAGGAGGUCAAAAAUGCACUUAAAGGAUUGAAAUUGUUCUAA